UAAUCGGAUUGUUUCGUUAAGAAACGAUCAUAAGCCGAUGGUUUUUCGAAAGGCACACAUUGCAUUGUGGGUUGUUUCUUUUGGCGCGUAAAUUUUAGCGGGACAAAAAACAUUUGAUCAAGUGACGACAAGAUGGUGGAGGUAACAGAUGAAGAAUUACAAACUGAAUUUGAAGAAUUUGCUGUUAACGUUGAAGAUCCAGCUAUCUUAGACAAACUUAAAGAAAUAUGCCAUGGGUGUAGACUGACUGCUGAGGAUUUGGUUUGUCAAUGGAUAUCGUUUGCACAAACGUUAACGAAUCAAGAUCUUACUAUAGAUGUUCUUGAAGAAUUCGAACGCAAGCAAUUAUUCGAAAGUAAUAAGAAGAACCAAACACAGUUCAAUAAACAUGAAGCUCCUCGUAUGUACACAAAAGAUGAUCUGGAUAAUCUUUUGAGUCCUGAUGAAGAAGAUGUAGAUGUAUUCAGCUCAUAUGCAGAAACACCAGAUAAUAGGAAACUAUUGAAAAAGAGGAUUCAUACUACACCAGAAGUACUGACUAACAAGCGCCACACCUCACUUACCAGAACCCCAGGUCCAAUGCCAUUCUCUCCUUCAAGUUUAUCUCCAGCUAUGGCCACUCCCUCAGCAAAGUAUGCUUCACGUCGUAAUGCUGGAGAAUCUGUUUGUUCUUUUGUCCCUAAUGGUAAAACACUUGACAAGGAUUCAUGGAAUGGCACUGGUGUGACUUUAGAUAUUGAUGUUGCCGACAAAGAGAUAGCACUGACUGAGAGGUUUAAAUAUAUGUUUCAGAAACAGGCUGAUAAAGCUAAUGUUUUGAAUGACAUGAUAGAUGAGAUGGCUGAGAGACUAAAGAAGGAACAUGGUAUUGAAGAGUUCUCCAAUGCAGCAUCUUCUAAUCAAGUGGAGAUCAAUACAGUUGGUAUGGUGUGCUGUGAUUCUGUUGGCAAACUGAAUGCAAGUUCAUUAAUGCUUGAAGGCUCCAUUGACUUGUCUCAAGGCCAGCAAGUAAAGGUUGACCUGUCCAACAUUCACCAGUUUGCAUUAUUUCCUGGACAGGUUAUUGCUGCAAGGGGAUUGAACAGCACAGGACAAAAAUUUGUUGUAAAUCAAAUCUAUAAUGGUGUCCAGUUACCAUUUUACUCUGCAUUGGACAAAAACAAUGAUAAAUUACACAAAUCUUCAAGUCCCUUUAGUAUGAUGGUUGUCGCAGGUCCUUUUACCACAUCCGAUAAUCUCCUCUAUGAGCCUCUGAAUGAUCUCAUUACAGUCAUAAAGAAGGACCAACCUGAUCUUCUUAUACUUCUUGGUCCAUUUGUUGAUGCAAAGCAUGAGAAGAUUGAAAGUGGUGACCUUGAUGAGACAUUUGAAGAAAUGUUUACGAGACAAGUAGUAACUAUAGUUGGUGCCAUACAAAGACAACAGACCAAAGUGGUUAUAGUCCCAUCCCAAAGAGAUGUUCAUCAUGACUUUGUCUAUCCGCAGCCACCAUUUGUUGACAAGGACAACAUCUUUAAGGACAACAAAAAUGCGUACUUUGUGUCUGAUCCAUGUUCUCUGUUGGUAAACAAUAUCGUUAUUGGAAUAACUUCAACAGAUGUGUUGUUGAAUUUGGGCAGUGAAGAAACAGCAAGCCCUCCAGGGUCAUCUGACCGACUUGGUCGCCUGGUCAAACAUCUUUUAUACCAACACAGCUAUUAUCCAUUACAUCCAACAAGUGAGGAUAUCAACAUGGACUAUGAGAAGUUUGCCAGCCAUGCAUCUCUGCCGUGUACACCAGAUAUUUUGAUUCUUCCUUCAGAUCUAAGAUACUUUACCAAGGAUAUUCUUGGUUGUCUUUGUGUGAACCCAGGCCGUCUUGCCAAGGGUCAAGUUGGAGGAACAUAUGCAAGAAUCUAUGUCAACCCAAAUACUGAACAUACUGAUAAAUCUCUUUCUCAUAUUCUUUCAAAUUCUUUAGCAGAAGUGGUCAGAAUAUAGAUCAAUAUAAAAACAUCAGUGUCUGUACAGUUAAAAAAAAAUUAAUAUUUCCUGGGAUUUUUAAUACAAUUCAAAAAAUUAAAAUACUGGUAGUUAUUAUAAGCAUCUUAUUUUUUUCCUGCAAAGUACAGUUAAUACAGGAAUGUCUUAAGUAAUUAUAAUUAAAGUUCUCAUUCAUAGAAAAUGUAAGAUUUAUUUUUGAUUACAUUGUUUGAUGAUGCAAAUUUCAAAGUUUUGGGAAAGACUGACACAUGAGUUUAUGCAUUAAGAUGUAAAGUACCAAUCAGUCAUAAAACACAUGCCGAUGGAAA